AAAGGGAUGAUGAUCCAUCAACUUUCUUUUUUCAAUGGAUCAGCCACAAUAAAAAUAAAAUAGAAUUAACUGUCUGGCGAAGGGCGGGGUCCCACGAUCCUCGGUGCAACUCGUGCAUUCACAGAUAAUAACAAGUGAUGCAUGAUAACUGGAAUAUUAUUUAAAUUCGAUACAUUUAAGUGCAGCUGGGCAUUCUACUUUUCGCUUAUUUUCUACACACCAGUGCUUUUUGGAUCUGCUUUUUGUGGUUAGUAGUUAUCAUGACUGGUUGAUUUUUGCCUUUCUGCGUCUAGAUCUCACAAAAACUGAGGCAGAGUAAAGUAGUCUUUUCGAUUCUGUUUUUCUAUUUUAUCCAGUCAUUAUGAUUGGAUAUUUCUGAUGGUUGGUGGAAUGUUAGUAAACAUGUACACUGGAGUUUGUUUUAAGGGUUCGGAUUGAAGAGCUUUUUUGGCAGAAAGGUCGGCUUUUAUUACUUCGGAAAGAUGCAGCAAGAUACUGUGGCUUUGGGAUCUCCAAGAUGCGGUUUUUGGAAGUUCAGUACAAGAUGUAGCAUUGGGUAUUAUUGUUUCGGGGACUAUCAUUGAGAUCUUACUUUGAGGUUCGAAAACUGUUACUUUUAGUGGAAAAAAGCACUGCUCAAGUUUAGCUUUGAUGAGGUUCUUCGGCGCCUAAUUCAAAAUGCAGCAAUGGGUGCAAGCAAUUUGGUGUCUUUAUAUAGGGUUGUUCCUGUAGUUAGGGUUGGAGUCGCUGUUUAAGAAAAUAAGCGGUGCAAAGUUUGCUUAAGCUGGAUUUUGAUGCGCUUUUCUUGCACCCAAUUCAAAAUGCAGCAGUGGGUACCAGUUUUUUGGUGACAAAUGUCAUUAGGUUGUGGUGCAGCAGGGUUGAACUGUAUUGUUGAGCAAAAAAUUCAAUGCAGGCGCUGCUUAAACUGGGUUUUAUAAGAUUUCCCGCGUUCAAUUCACAAUGCAGCUAUGGGUACAAACGAUUUUCUGACUUAAAUGGUAUUAGGUUAUUUUGUAAUAAGAAUUGGAAUUCAAUUUCUAGCGAAAAAAUGAUUGCUACUGUUGCUUAAGUCUGGUUUUGAUGGCCCUUUCUUGUACUCAAUUUUCCCAAUGCUGCACUGACUACAAUUGAUUUAGUGACUUGAGGUAGGAUUAGGUUGUGGGUUUAAGCAUAUGUAGGAUUGGGCCAUUUUUGUAAUUUAAGAUCCCCAGCCAAUUGAGACCCCAUAUGUGCACCUGCUACUGGGACCUGCAGAGAAUUGAACGUGUGACCACAGUUUGGCAAAUGUGCGUCAUUUUAGCGAGGGAUGCUUGGUACAUGGUAGAGAAAAUUUGGCCUAGAAUGGCAAGGAGCUGAGACUUUUUUCUCAAAACUGUGUAAUGACGAACUCCAGUGUAUACUUCAAGUCAAAGAUGUUGCCUUUUGGAAACAUGGAUAUGUUAGAUUGUUACCAAAGAGAAUGCGUCUUGUGGUCAGCUAUUCAGGUUAUGGAUCUUGUCACAAGAGCUGUUGCAUAUGAUGUGAUUAUGGGUAUGGUAGCAAAAUGAGGGUUUUUGAGAAGAUCGGUUUCCUUGCAGCAGUUGCUAUUAUAAAUUUAAAUAAAACUUAGAAAUGAGGUUGAAACCGAGAGCUGUUUAUCCAGAAACAGCGUGGACAGCAAUGUGGCAGUCCUUUAUUUUGAAGGUUGGUGUGCUUUGGUUGGCUUGUAGUAUGCUUAUUUACUGCGGGGACUGUAGCCAUGAUAUGAUAAGAGAUGCUUUUGAAGGGGACAACAUUCUGCUGAAUAGUCCAAUGAAACAGCACAGCGAAGAAUUGUUCUGUUUCAGGAAUGGGAAUCUUGAUAGCUGCAUUGGAUCUGCUGUCAGCGGUGAAGGGCAAGAUUUGGACCAGCUUCUGCAAGCAGAAACACUCAGUGAUCAGCAGCUUUUUGAUAAGCCAUCAAGUUCUGCAUUAUUGCCUACUGCUCGUGUGUUGCUGGACUCUUUGAGCUCAUAUUCACAAAGUUCAAUUUCAACAUCACAUAGAAAUUUGGCUUCACAACAGUAUCUCCAUCAUAAUACUCAUUUGGGACGUUCCACAUCUGUUGCUGCCAGUCAGUUGACUUACACUUCUUCAGAAAGUUUGCUGUCCAAGUGGGCUCAGCAUCUCUUCCCAUCAACAAACUUACCAGUUGAUCCCAUGCCUCCAUUCUCACAAUCUUUUCAAAACCCAUCUCAAAACUUUCCAAUUCCAGAAAGACCAUAUUCUGAAAGGAUUGUACGGAGGCUAGCAGAUUCUCCAUCUUCUGUGAUUCCAUUUCAUGAUAGUCAAUCUUUAAAGUUGACCUCUCAAAGAUUUGAUCUUCAAAGAAAGCAAUAUCCUGGAGUUCCUCCUCCAUUGCAUGAUCAGUCUUCACAACUUCAUUUAGCUGUUGUUCAUGAGCAAGGUCCAGCACCAAAAGUUGCAUUUGAUAUGGUAGACAAACCUAGUGUACCGUCAAAACAGAUUCCUCCAGUUGCUGUACCAAUUUCAGUAUCACCUUAUAAUCAGUGGCGCCACAGACAUCAUUCCACUUAUUUAGCACCUAAACAGUUCAAUGAUCCAUUCCCAGCAUUGCCUUCAGCAGCCCAUUCAAAGACUUUGGUUAGCCCAGCUGUACAUCAUGCUCGUCCUCCUAGUAGUUCAGUCCCUUAUUCUGCAAGAAGAAAACGGUCAGAAAGGCAUGCAACAGUAAUGCCACCUACUAGUCAAGGUCCAGUUGCAGUUUCUCCAAGGAAAGCACCCUCUGGACAUCAUCCAAAGAAGCCAAAAAUUCCUAUUGCUGCAUCACCUAGAAUAUUCCUUCCUCCACCAACCUAUCAAGACUGUACAAAAUUGACUUGUGUUGAACCACUCACAAAUACUCCUCCUGAUGCACCAUGUGGUUGUGUGCUUCCUAUGCAAGUUGGGAUUUUACUUGGGGUGGCACCUUAUGCCAUUUUUCCAAUGGUGUCUGAGCUUGCUGCCGAGAUAGCAGCUGGUAUUUUUUUGAAACAAAGUCAAAUUAGGAUAAUGGGAGCAAACGCAGACCCCCAAGACCAAGAGAGAACACAUGUGAGUAUUGAUUUAGUGCCGCUUGGAGAACGAUUUGAUAACAUGACUGCCUUCUUGACUUACCAAAGGUUUUGGCAAAAGAAGGUGAUUAUUAAUGAGACCCUUUUUGGGGAUUAUGGAGUUGAUUUUGUUCAUUAUCCAGGGCUUCCUCCAUCACCUCCUUCACCAUUUUCAAAUACAACUGAUGGCUCAAAUGGCAAGGGCAGUGCGAUAAGUGGAGGUUUAAAUGGUGAAGAGCCACUUGGGGUUGAUGUAAGGAGAAAGAGUGAAAAAAUGGGGGGUGGAGUUAUUGCGGUUGUUGCCUUAUCUUCAGCUGUUGCAGUAGUGAUCUGUCUUGCAGCAGUUUGGUUCAUUCUUUUGAAAUGCAGCAACCAAAGUAAGUUGCCUGCAGCUGUUCCACCCACAUUUGUUUCAUCUGUACCAAAAAGAUCAGGUGGUGGUUCCAUCCUCUCUAGUAGCAUACCAAGUUCAACAUCAUUUUCAUUUGUUUCGAGUAUGGCUACUUAUACAGGAUCCGCUAGAACAUUUACACUAGCUGAGCUUGAAAAGGCUACAGAUAGGUUCAUUUCUAAGAACAUACUUGGAGAGGGAGGUUUUGGAAGAGUUUAUCGAGGAGUAUUGGAAGAUGGAACCAAAUUGGCUGUUAAAGUUCUCACAAGAGAUGACCAUCAAGGAGGGCGAGAAUUCAUGGCAGAGGUGGAGAUGCUCAGUCGAUUGCAUCAUCGAAACUUGGUUAAAUUGAUAGGAAUUUGCACUGAAGAGCGCAAUCGAUGUUUGGUCUAUGAGCUUAUCCCAAAUGGCAGUGUGGAAUCUCAUUUACAUGACUGUGCAUUGGUUUCAAUAUUUCCAGGCCCAGACAAAGAGACUUGUCCACUAGAUUGGGAUGCACGCAUGAAAAUAGCUAUUGGUGCAGCAAGAGGACUUGCCUACCUGCAUGAGGAUUCAAAUCCCCGUGUCAUACAUCGUGAUUUCAAAGCUAGCAACAUUUUGUUAGAGGAUGAUUUUACUCCUAAAGUAUCUGAUUUUGGACUGGCAAAAGUAGCUUCUGAUGAAGGGAAGGAGUACAUAUCCACACGGGUUAUGGGAACCUUUGGAUAUGUAGCUCCUGAGUAUGCAAUGACUGGGCAUCUGCUUGUGAAGAGUGAUGUAUAUAGUUAUGGUGUAGUUUUGCUUGAGUUACUUUCUGGAAGGAAGCCUGUUGACAUGUCCCAACCUCCUGGGCAGGAAAAUCUUGUUACCUGGGCUCGCCCCUUACUUACUACUAAGGAAGGAUUGGAGAUGUUAGUAGACCCUGCUUUAAAGGGAACCUAUUCUUUUGAUAAUCUGGCCAGAGUUGCAGCCAUUGCUUCAAUGUGUGUACAGCCUGAGGUUUCUCACAGGCCAUUUAUGGGUGAAGUUGUACAAGCCUUAAAACUUGUGUAUAAUGAUUUGGAUGUGAGCAACAAGGGUGGAUCUCAAAACUCUAGUCAAGUAGAAGAUUCACCUAGCUCUCAAAUCGAGCUUAAGGAAGACUCUGAUCAUGCAUGGUGGCCAAGCACUCGGUACAUACCUGAUGCUACUUCUUUUGUUACAAUUGACUAUGAUUCUGGCCCACUUCAUGCACAGGGUUUAGACAUGGAGAGACCUCUUUCAGCAUCUGCACUGCUCUCUUCUGGAUGUUUAAUGAGAGAAUCAUCAGACUCUUUCAGGAGGCAUAGCUGCUCUGGUCCUCUGAGGACAAAUAGAAGUAAGCCUGCUUGGUACAGGAUCCGGGGUCUAACUAGAGGUAGCAUGAGUGAGCAUGGUCUUACAAGGCACUUUGGAACUGGUUUAGGUACAGAUGUGAAUGAGUUUUGGCCUUGAUGGUAUUGUGUGUAACAUUUUUGGCCUGGCUAAGCACAUGAGCUGGCCUUAUGCAGCUUGUGAUACCAGGGUGCAAGGUGGAAAGAACUAAGGCUCCUAAUGGAAGUUUUGUUGAUAAGGAAAAAUUUGAGGUUUCAAAUAAAUGAUUUAACAAGUUGCUUGCUUGAAAUUUCUGAGCAUUAGUUUAGUAAACUGUUCGUGCAUGAUGCAUGUGAUUUUAAUUGUGCCUUGACUAUCUUAUAGAAGAGACAAAAUGAUUAUUGGGGCCAUGGCACUGUACCUCAGCUACCAGAACAUAUCACCAUGGUUCUUGGGCCAUGGGAUUCAGUUUUAUGGUGAAAUGCAUUCCCUGGAUUUAUGUCUUGCUGGGAACAGCAGUGGAAUAUAUAAUCUGUUGUUCAAAAAGAGACAAUGAACAGAUAGAAAUCAAGAUCUGUAUUGUGCCCUUGUUGACAUAUCCACGGGAGCAUCUUAUUACCCAAGAACAGAAGUGAAAUAAAGAAAAUCUUUCUUGCAGCCAGUGAGUUGAAGAUUUAUAUCCUGGAUUAUGAUAGUUGGAGCUUGUUAGAGAAUGGGCAGGGCCCAAUUUAACUGAUGGAGGUCAUUUUGUUGCCACUAAAUUUAUUUUUGUCUGCAUUUUAGUGGAUACGUUGCACCCAUAAAGUGACACUCCUAUGUACUAUUCUGCUUGUAUUAAAGCUUUUUUAAUUUUUUGCACUUCCGCAUUUCUCCAAGGAUUUUAAUUUUGACUUUUACGAUACAUAAAGACUCCAGCUCCAUUUGAACUUUAGUGUAAAGAUUACGUAUGUUGGGUGAUUUUUACCGUA